UCGAUAAUGGCGUCAACUUUGGUUUGCACACAACAAACCUUUCUAUAUUAACCUGAAUGACGAUAUAUGUCAUAUAACUUUUAAACUUUGUCGCCGGUUGUGAAUUUUAUAUCAUCAUUAUGCGUUUUGAAAACUGCUGUGUUCGUCAUUAGUAACGAACGUUCGAUUUUAAUUAAGUAAUUCGCCGUGUAUACUGUGUUUUCAUUUUGUGAAGAACUCGAUACAAAUGUUAUGAAGUUUUCCUCUGAAAACUAUUGAAAACGUACUCGAAGAAGAGUUUCUUAUUUUCAAAUAAAUGAUCCUUGAUUGAUUAAAAAUGGGUACCACAGAUGAUAACAAUUCAGCCAAUGGCACCCCGAAGAUUAUGGUAUUUCAUCCUACGUACGAAGAAUUCAAAGAUUUUUCAAAAUAUAUCGCCUAUAUCGAAUCUAAAGGAGCACAUAAAGCUGGUCUUGCUAAAAUCAUACCUCCGAAAGAAUGGGUGCCCAGAAAAGCUGGUUAUAAUGUAGAGGACAUAAAAGUUACGAUCCCAGCUCCGAUAUGUCAAGUUGUUACCGGUAAACAAGGCUUUUAUCAACAAAUAAAUAUUCUGAAAAAUGCGAUGACAGUUCAGGAGUACAAACAGAUGGCCGAAAGUAAAGACUACGCGACUCCUAGUUUUUUCAAGUACGAAGACUUGGAAAGGAAAUAUUGGAAAAACAUAACUUACGCAGCUCCGAUCUACGGCGCAGAUGUAUCUGGCUCUAUUACCGAUCCCGAUUGUGAUGUUUGGAAUAUAAAUCGUCUUGGAACCAUUCUAGACUACGUUAAUGAAGAUUAUGGUAUCAGUAUCGAAGGUGUAAAUACCGCAUAUCUGUACUUCGGUAUGUGGAAAACAAGUUUUGCGUGGCACACCGAAGAUAUGGAUUUGUACUCGAUUAAUUACUUACAUUUCGGAGCACCGAAGACUUGGUACGCCAUUCCACCGGAGCACGGACGCAGAUUAGAACGACUUGCGCAAGGAUUCUUCCCGUACGCGACAUCAUGCCCAGCCUUUUUACGACACAAGAUGUUUAUUAUAUCGCCUCAUAUUCUGCGACAGUAUUCGAUCCCUUUCAAUAAAAUCACUCAAGAAGCUGGUGAAAUCAUGAUUACAUUUCCUUACGGAUAUCACGCUGGGUUUAAUCAUGGUUUUAAUUGCGCCGAAUCGACGAAUUUCGCUACUGAAAGAUGGGUCGAGUAUGGUAAAAGGGCAACUCAAUGUAGCUGUCGCGACGAUACGGUGAAAAUCAGUAUGGAUACGUUCGUUAAACGAUUUCAACCAGAAAAGUACGAAUUAUGGUUACGCGGAUUAGAUAUCGGACCUCAUCCCGAAGAUCCUACGCGUCAUUCUGCUGCCCCUGCGCCUUCAGAACUCGACAUCCUUUGCAAUAAAAACAACACAGGAUUACCGGUCGAUUACGCUGCGAACAAAAAACGAAUUCCGCUAACCGAGAAGAGACAAGUAUUGAAGUCGGGUAUAAUGGGUUCUACUGGUACAAUAGAUGUUCCUAAUGAAGUGAAGAGAGCUCUGAUGGAGCACUUUGAUACAAUCGAAAUUUCAGAAGAAGAACCAGAUGAGCAAAUGUUGGAAGUUUUGGAAGAUUUGUACGUGAAAGCUGGAGAAAUUGAUGCAUCUCAAGCGUCGAUUGCUGACGACGGAGCCAUUGACGGAAGUAAAAAAGCUAGACGUAAGAAGAAAUUGAAAACCAAGCCGAUAGUUCGACUGGUCGAUUGUUUGAGUAAUCCAGAAGUAAAGGGCAUGUACAACGCUCCGGCAAAUAUAGAAAACAUAAAAACUGAACCUGAUGAAGAUGCAGAUUCCAGUCCUCAGAACAAUUAUUAUUCGAGUAGUGACGAAGAAUACAGUUUAUCGAGUAAGAAACGCAAGAAGAAGAAAUCGAAAAAAAGUAAAACGUCCGGACCGAGAAAUGCGAAAAACAAGGCGAAAGAAACUCCGAAAUCAAACAACAUCGUUUUAUGGAAUGCCAGCGAUGAAUCACCUAUCAAAAUUGAAGACGAAUGUAUGAAUAAUUUGCAGUCCUUUUCGGAAAUAUGCUGCAAGGCAGAUCCGCUCGAGAUAAAAGAUGAGAAAGACUCCGACGGGCAGUGUUCGCAAUCUCAGUUCCCUUUGAAUAACGAAUCAGUCGAAGUAAAGGAAGAAAUCGAAAGCGUUGACGAUGCCCGAAACAUUGAUAGCGAGCGAAGUAAAGAAAUCUUGAAAAUGAACUCAUUCUAUCAGAAAUUUUACGCCAAAAACAGUAAUUCGGAUACUGCUACGCAGGAAGGUGCCCCUAUUUCAUCGCAACCCAUUUCUAGUCAUAAAGAUAACACUUCCAAAACUAAAGAUAAGAAACACAAACACAAAGAUACCUGUCAUAAAAGCAAAAAGAUUCGAACCGAUAAUGGAAGCAAAUUGAAAGAUUUACUAACUCGUAACCAAAAUAUCCCCGAAGAUCCACUUCAAGCUUCUGACAAUUUAUCCGUUUAUAAUAAUAAUAUUUCGUCCAACGACGAAUACAAGGUUAACAACAUCAAUGAUAUAUUUCUAAGCAGUAUAAGUGCCCCAGAAUACGAAGUAGAGUUGGAAACGACGCCGUUGGAUCAUCUCACUAAGCAAGAUCAAAUUACAGUUUUGAAAGUCGAGUCUUCGGAACCGUGGAAUCGUUAUCCACCGCCGUUAAAGCAAGAAAUUACGUUGGAGAGUAAAAUGGAUAAUAAAGUUAUCAACAUAGAUGUUGAUAAUUUGAAAGCCAUCAAGGAGAAAAUGUUCACAACCGACACAGGAUCGAAUUUCAUUGAAAUCGUGCAUAGUCAGCCGUACAGACAAUCUGUCGAUCAGUCUAGUGCUUCGCAAAUUUUGAGGAAUAAAUCGCAGAAUAGGAAUUAUCUAGCAAGUGUUACGAAUCAAAGUGAUGAUUCCGAUUCAAGAAUUGAAAUUACUUCCGAUGUUCGCGCUGCUGGUGAUGAUGAAGAGACGAUUCUUUUAAGUGAACCAAUUCCCUACAGACCGCCAGGUCUCUGUUCGACUUCCUCCCUCCCUGUACUGAGACGGAAAGAAUUCAUUAGAGACGCUGUCAUCGGAGGCGAGAAAAAAAUGAAUUUCGAAACGGAAGUAGGGUUGAAUUUAUUUUGCAGUAGAAAAGAACCGUAUUGCGCCCUAUGCUCGGUAUUUACUACAAAAUCUGAAGAUAACGUUUUGAUAUCGACGUGGAAGCAUCACGCGAAAAUUAAUCAUAAUUUACCAGAACAAAGUUUAGCCGUUUUUUAUUCCAAAUUUACUUUCAGCCAGCCGCAGUUGGCCACUUUAUUAAAAUGUAGUCAAUGUUCCUUAUGUGUUCAUGAUACCUGCUACAGUGUGAAAACAACCAAUCCGUCGAAUUGGUUGUGCGAUAGAUGCAAGGGAAAUGAACUUACCAAAAAUUGCGUCCUAUGUUCGAUUCGUUGUGGCCCGUUGAAAAAACUCAAAGAUGGUAAUUGGGUUCACAUUCUGUGUAACGCAAUCAGUUGUAAAUCCGCCGCAUACCGUCCUAAUUGUACCUUUCAAACCGUAUAUAAAGUUGCCAAAAUAUGCCAUAUAUGCAAAUUGAGUAUGGGUUCGUGUAUCAAAUGCACCCACGCAAAUUGUAAAAAAUGGUUCCACGCAUCCUGCGGUGUUUUGGCUGGUUACAGAUUCAACUUCGAGCAGAGGAAAUUAGUAUCUUUUUGUCGCAUUCAUCGACAUGAUGCGAAAAAACUCGAUGAUUUCGAGGAAUUGAAAUGGAUCAAAAAAGGAGAUAAUAAUAAAUAUUAUCGCGGUCGUAUUCUACAAGAGUAUCGGCAACAUUUCUUGGCCGUAUGUUUUUCCGAUGGUUCGAUCAAAUGCGAUGUUAAACCAGAUGAAAUCAAAGCUUCGGAAAAUGGCCAGCAGCUGAAUAUUAAUGACGUAGUUGUCGUAUCUAAUGCCGGAGUGGGUAAUUUAAUCGGCAGUAUUGAGAAAACUGUUUCGUGCAAGGUGAAAUUCGAAAGCGGAGAGGAAGCAGUUGUACCAGUUGGUUAUAUUUUAACCGAUACCGUUAAAGAGGUAAUACCGUGGUCGUCGGAUGUAACCCAAGUGGUAUCCCCGGAAACAUCCCAAGAAGUAUCCGAAAUAAUCAACUUAGAUGAUGAUGACGACGACGACGAUAAUAGUGAUACCCAAUCUUAAACAGGAGGAAUAAUCGUUUUAAAAAUCGUUUACCAAUGUAAUAUAUGAGAUCUCCUAUAGUAACAAAAAUACGAAUAAGUGCAGUUGGCUGUGUAUAAUAUGUUUGAUUAAUUAAUUGUUUACCCGCGUAAUUGAAUCGGAUAUUCGAUUUUACGCGUCAUAUAUCUCGUAAGUUUUAGUUUUUAUGUUUUUCAUUUCGUCGUUGAAAAAAAUACCCUCGCGCCAACCUCAAUUUUUGAAUAAUGCGUUGACGUGUGACGUAAAUCGUAUGUUGUUUUAAUCGCGAUUAUUUCAAUAAAAAUGUGUAUCUUUAGAAUAAAUUUGCAGUAUUUCCACUCAUCGCAGACCUAAUGCCACACGUAUCCAAAAGGUAAAUAUUUUUUUUGAUCCAAAGUUGUAAUUUAAUACCUUACUCAUGAAUUUCAUUGUUUUUUGUUUAUUGAUUCUGAAAAUCGAUAUUUUCAAACUCGCUGGCGACCACUGGCAUAUUAUUCCUCCUGAAUGAUUUUUGUUGUUGUUUUUUUUAAACAAUAAUUCGCAUUUUUCUACUUGAAAUUUAAGUAAUUUGUUAUGGAGUGAAAAUGGAUGAAAUUUUCGAAUUCAGCAUUCCUCUAGUAAUUCGAAAACUAUCCAUUUUUUCUUUACUACAAAAGCUUACUGUCGGCCAGUCUUUAAUAUAAUUUUUAAACUAUCGUUUUGUUCAAUUUUUAAAAUUUUGUUUCUCGUUUCCGUGAUAUUUUAAACAAUGAAGAAUUAUAAUCCAGUAGUACCGUGUCAUUUUAUAAUUCGUAUGUUCGAUUCGAUUGCGCACCUUUGAUUGAUAUAAUAUUCUUCUUUUUUUUUCACUUAUCUUAAGGGAUUUUCUCUUCGCAUAACUUUUUAUAUUUUAGUAAUUUUGUUUUCGGUUUUUAAUUAAUAUUGACGUAAUUAUGCUUUCAUUGUGUUCUUGAUUUUUUUCAUUUUUUUGUUUUCGUUUUUCUUUGUCACAUUCUUUUUUUAUUCUCAAGUUUUAUGGAAUGAAGUGGUUCGUAUUGUGUGAAGUUUACUGGGAUGUGAAUUUUUUGAUUUAAUGGUGUCGGGGAUUUAUAGAAGCAAGCAAUUUUUAUUUGAGAAAGAUUAUUUUUCUCGUUUCGUGUUUUUCGUGUUUUAAUUAUAAUUUAUGUAAUUCACUUAUGAACAGUAUUUUGUAAUAAUUUCGUCUUAGCAAAUUACUAACUAUACGUAUUUUUUGAUGUAGUAAGUUUCGUUAAUUUGCAUUAUACCAUAUUUAUUACGUAGGUAAUGAAAAACCCUAUUCGAAUCUUAUUUUUAAAAAAUGCCAUGUACGUGUAUUAUAAUUUUUUUUAAGUUGGAAUAUUGUUUCUCUUGUAGGCAAGGUCUAGAUUAUGUUUCCCUUCCUGUAAUUUAUGAAUAGCGUGAAGAAUUUUACUAGUAAUCAGAAUAAAUUUAUUCAGUUGAA